AUAUAUGUUGUCUCUCACACUUAUAGACUUCGUCACCAUGGCAGGAUUGAUAAAUUGCCAAGAUAUCUGCCUGUUCUCUACCAAGGAACUCCUUGUCCUUGUUGCAGACCAGCAAUUAUGGGACCAGAUCUCUCAAAAUGCUUAGAUGAGCCUAGGCCCACCAUUCAGCAGGCUCAUCCUUUGAUGAAAAUGUGAGGCGAUGCUUCCGCCGAGUCUCGGGGCCUAACCGACCUUUAUUCUCUCUCGCUCUUCCCCAACAUGGACUUGACUUUGGUGACAAUGUGCCGCCUGGGCUGGGUUAGAAAUCUUUGUGACUUUUGAUUGUGCGAAAAAUUUAGUCAUCAUGAGUUUGAAGAAUUCCAUGGGACUGAAGAAAGAUUCGAAGAUGCGGAUCCGUGCAUUCCCUAUGACGAUGGACGAACGCUAUGUGGAUAACAUAUGGCAGCUCUUGAAAAGUGCCAUUCAAGAGAUCCAGAAAAAGAACAACAGUGGGUUGAGUUUUGAGGAGCUGUACCGCAAUGCAUAUACCAUGGUGUUGCAUAAACACGGGGAGAAACUCUACGUUGGAUUGCGAGAGGUUGUAACGAGUCACCUCGAAAGCAAGGUCCGGAAGGAUGUCCUGGAAUCUCUUCACAACAAUUUCCUCCAGACCCUCAACAUGGCAUGGACUGACCACCAGACAUCGAUGGUGAUGAUCCGUGACAUUCUCAUGUACAUGGACCGGGUGUAUGUCCAGCAGAACAAUGUUGAAAAUGUCUUCAACUUAGGCCUCACACUCUUCAGGGAUCUUGUCGUCAGGUAUGGGAACAUCCGCGAUCACCUUCGUGACACCCUCUUAGAUAUGGUUAUGAGGGAGCGACGAGGAGAGGUGGUAGACCGGUUAGCAGUACGUAACGCCUGCCAAAUGCUCAUCAUGCUCGGUCGUGAUGUCUAUAAGGAGGACUUCGAGGAACCCUUCCUUCAACAGUCGAUCGAUUUCUAUCGAGUGGAGAGCCAGAAUUUCCUUCGAGAAAACAGCGCAUCGGUGUACAUUCAUAAGGUGGAGGGUCGGAUUGCUGAGGAGAGGGAAAGGGCCUCACAUUACCUGGAUGAGGAUACCAAGGAAGCCAUCGUCCAUGUCGUCGAGGACGAACUGAUACGGAAGCAUAUGCAAACCAUUGUUGAGAUGGAGAACUCAGGUGUUGUUCACAUGCUGGAGCAUGGGAAGGUGGAUGACCUGGCUUGCAUGUACAAACUGUUUGCCAACCUGGAGAAACGCGUCCCGGACGUCUUCAAGACCAUGUCCGACUGCGUGUCUCACUACCUCCGAGAGCAGGGCAAGGCCCUUGUUGCUGAGGAAGGGGAAGGAAAAAACCCCAUCUCAUUUGUUCAGAGCUUGCUGGACCUGAAAGAGCGAUUCGACCACUUCCUCCUGAAAUCCUUCAACAAUGAACGAAUCUUCAAGCAGAUGAUUGCCUCCAACUUUGAGUACUUUCUCAACCCGAAUCUGAAUCCAAAGUCCCCGGAAUACCUCUCCCUCUUCAUUGAUGACAAGCUCAAGAAAGGAGUGCGAGGAAUGACAGAAUCAGAGAUUGAAAAUGUGCUUGAUAAAAGCAUGGUCCUAUUCCGGUUUCUACAAGAGAAGGAUGUGUUUGAACGGUACUACAAACAGCACCUUGCCAAGCGGCUGCUCCUGAACAAGUCCGUUUCCGAUGACUCAGAGAAAAACAUGAUCUCUCGUCUUAAGACUGAAUGUGGGUGUCAGUUUACCUCAAAGCUGGAGGGGAUGUUCAAAGACAUCACUGUGUCCAACACCAUUAUGGAAGAGUUCAAGAAUCACAUUGCUGUCACAGGGAAUAAUUUGAGUGGAGUGGACCUGAAUGUGCGAGUGUUGACAACAGGGUUCUGGCCCACCCAGUCUGCCACCCCCAAAUGCAUGAUCCCGCCUGCAGCUCAUACUGCCUUUGAAACAUUUCGGAGAUUCUAUCUGUCACAACAUUCCGGGCGGCAACUCACCCUCCAGCCGCAGCUGGGAUCGGCUGACCUCAAUGCCACGUUCUUUGGACCGAAACGGGAAGACGGUGAGGGGCGGGAUGGAGCAUCCAGUUCUACGCAUCACAACGCUCCGUUGUCUCCUGGUGCCAGUUUGUCAUCUGCUGGUCUCGGCAGUGGGAACGGAUCUGUUCCGGCUGUGGGAGGCAGCAGUGGGGGGACCCGUCGUCAUAUCAUCCAGGUGUCCACCUUCCAGAUGUGCAUCUUGAUGCUCUUCAACACGCGUUCUCGCAUCUCAUACGAGAUUCAGACAGUUGCAGCAAAGGGAGAAUCAGAACCUGAGAGGAAAGAGACCCGUUCCAAGGUGGAUGAAGAUCGCAAGCACGAGAUCGAGGCUGCCAUCGUACGCAUAAUGAAGGCACGCAAGCGCAUGCAGCACAAUGUCCUUGUGGCAGAGGUGACUGAACAGUUGAAAAGUCGCUUCCUUCCAAGUCCUGUUGUGAUCAAGAAGAGAAUCGAGGGACUGAUCGAGCGGGAAUAUCUGGCUCGAACUCCGGACGACAGGAAAGUGUAUACAUACGUGGCUUGAACACUGGACUCGACAUAAGGGACCCUUUCCCUCUCUUGCCCACACUGGACUCUGUGACCCUGACAUCAAAUCCGGUGUGGCCUGCUUCAGCUGUGAUUCAUUCCUCUCUUAGCAAUCUGUGCUCUUGGCAUAUUUAAACACAAACACUACCCAAAUAAACUGGAGAAACGCGCCCGCGCUGCCCCGUCGGUGACUCGGUGCGACCUCUUUGGGUGUGUUGGAUCGUGUGUGAAUGUUCUGGAGCAGUUUGAGUAUGCUCCGUGUUUUUGUGAAUAGAGAUACCGGCACUCUAUUUCGAUGGAGUUUGUGUCAGCAGGAAUCCAGAAUGCUUUCUCACUGGAGAGUCACCCAUGUCUCAUUGAUUCACCUGGAAAUUUCGGUUCUCUGUUUCUCUGCCCUUCGGUGGAUUUUCGCGUAACUGGGGCGGCAUUCUAUUCCGUUCCGACG